UCUGUGCCGGUCUGAAGAUCAGUAAGGCGUGCGACCCACUACCCGUACUAGUACACGAUGUCAUGCUGUGUUUACGCAUGUGGUACAGUGAAGCAUGUGGUGAGCGGGCACAAACUACCCUGCGGCUGUCGCUCACGGCCACCUCCAAAGCUUCUGCUCAUGUUAAUUGGGCCCGUCAAGAUAUAGCCCAUCUCUGCACCGUUGACAACAAUUAGCUGCAAGUGCUGAUUCCUGCUGGUUGGCUCAGUCCAGAAUCUGGCCUCACAAAUGCAAUGAGUGUAGCUGAAAGCAUCACUGCCAAAAUGGCAUGCCAUGCCCCUUCAAAGAUCGGUGGUCAGGUCGAGGUUGGCAUGCAGUGCAGCUUGUCUCUUGCUGACAAGUCUGUUGGGUGCUCGUUCAAACCAGGGAGCGAGUCUAGGAGCGUGCAGACUAUGGAAGCUGUGGAGCAGUUAAGCUCCACCUCAGCAUCAAGGCCUUCAAUUUCUACAUCAACUGCCAAAUGUGACAACUCAAAGCAAGGACGCCUCCACCGAUGUGAGCUAUGUGACUAUGUAGCUGAUGAACCAUUUCUUCUGGAAGCACAUGCCAGCAUCCAUACUGGCGAGAAGCCAUUUCAUUGCCCUUCAUGCUCUCGAAGCUUCUCGCGCAAGUGUUAUCUGAAUGUCCAUUUGCGGACUCACACAGGCGAGAGGCCAUUUGACUGCCCUUCAUGCUCUCGGAGCUUCUCACAAAAGCCCCACCUGAGAGCCCACCUGCGCACCCACACAGGCGAGAAGCCAUUUGACUGCCCUUCAUGCUCUCGGAGCUUCUCAGUAAAGGGCCACAUGAAAGCCCACCUGCGCACCCACACAGGCGAGAAGCCAUUUGACUGCCCUUCAUGCACACGGAGCUUCUCACGGAAGAGCGGCCUGAAAGCCCACCUGUGCACCCACACAGGCGAGAAGCCAUAUCAGUGCCCUUCAUGCUCUCAGAGCUUCUCAAUCAAGGGUUACCUGAAAGCCCACCUGCGCACCCACACAGGCGUGAAGGCAUUUGACUGUUCUUCAUGCUCUCGGAGCUUCUCAGAAAAGCGCCACCUGAAAGCCCACCUCCGCACCCACACAGGCGAGAAGCCAUUUGACUGCCCUUCAUGCUCUCGGAGCUUCUCAGAAAGUAGAAGCCUGAAAGGCCACCUGCGCACCCACACAGGCGAGAAACCAUUUGACUGCCCAUCAUGCUCUCGGAGCUUCUCAGAAAGUAGCAGCCUGAAAACCCACCUGCGCACCCACACAGGCGAGAAACCAUUUCACUGCCCUUCAUGCUCUCGGAGCUUCUCUCGAAAGCCCCACCUGACAGCCCACCUGCGCACCCACACAGGCGUGAAGCCAUUUGACUGCCCUUCAUGCUCUCAGAGCUUCUCUCGAAAGCCCCACCUGACAGCCCACCUGCGCACCCACACAGGCGAGAAGCCAUUUGACUGCCCUUCAUGCACUCGGAGCUUCUCACGAAAGCCCCAGCUGAAAGUCCACAUGCGCACCCACACAGGCGAGAAGCCAUUUGACUGCCCUUCAUGCUCUCAGAGCUUCUCACAAAAUGGCAGCCUGAAAGCCCACCUGCGCACCCACACAGGCGAGAAGCCAUUUGACUGCCCUUCAUGCACUCGAAGCUUCGCACAAAAGGCCCACCUGAAAGCCCACCUGCGCACCCACACAGGCGAGAAGCCAUAUCAGUGCCCUUCAUGCUCUCAGAGCUUCUCAAAUAAGGGUCACCUGAAAGCCCACCUGCGCAUCCACACAGGCGAGAAGCCAUAUGAGUGCCCUGCAUGCUCUCGGAGAUUCACACACAAGGGCAACCUUAGGAAACACAUGAGGCGAGAAGCCACUUCAUUGCCCACUCUGCCUUCAGUGAUUCUCGUUGAAAAAUGCCCUGAAGAUACACCGGUGCGUUCAUAAAAGUGACCGGCCAUAUAGUUGCAUUGCCUGCUUCAGGUCUUCAUCACUUGAACAGACUUGGGGAGCACAGCACAAUGAUUCAAUUCAAUUCACUUUAUUUUCAA